AUGUCGUCCACAGCCCCGAGGGUAAGGCCACGGCCUGCCCACACCUCCGGCACAACGCGCUGCGCCUACACCCCCAACGGCUCCCGCCUCGUGACCGUUGGCUCCAACAACACCAUUCGAUUGUACAAGACGGGCUUUGACGGCGAACCCAUCAACAUCGACGAGUGCCAGGAACAGAACGUCACAGUGGCUGCUGCUGAUGACUUCUUUGUCGUCGGUUCUGAAGACGGCACCGUCAGCGUCUACUCCUCGAUCACUGAGACCUUUGAUCGGUUCAUCACCCGCACCUCGCUGCCCAUACGCGACAUCGCCCUCUCUCCCGACCUCAAGUGGUGCGCUGUUGCCAGUGACGAGUUGACGGUCAAGAUUGUCGGCACCUUUGACCACUCGUACAUUCGCACGCUGAAGGACCAUGGAAGACCUGCGAAACACGUUGCCUUUGAUCCCAAGGGCGGGCUCCUCGCCGUGUCCUGCACAGAUGGCAUCGUUUACGUCUACUCACUAACGGCAGACCAGCCAGAGCUGAUACACAAGGUGGAUGGCAUUAUUGGGUCGCUGGAGACCGACUCGGAUCUCUCUUCAGAGGCUGUGUGGCAUCCUGACGGACGGGCCCUGGCGCUGCCGACACCUACCCACGAUAUUCAGGUCGUUUCGAAGAACGACUGGGAAAAGCAGCGCGCCUUUUCCAAUGGUCACCUCGGAGACGUCACUGCCCUGGCCUGGUCGCCCAACGGCGCCUUGCUAGCGACGGCCGCCAAGGACGGCAAGGUUCUCAUUUGGGAGACGAAGACGCAGAGCGUCAUUUCAAAAGUUCGACUACAACAAUGCGAAAUCUACAUCUACCCUGACCUCAUCAACGAGCAGUUCGCCUCCCUGCUCAAACUCCCUAAACAGCCCGCUCCCUUCAUCCACGACCCCCUCUCCGAGAUCUCCAACGCCCGCCGCCCACCACAACCUAAUGGCAACACCAAUGGCAACGGUGCACUCCCUUCUCGGCCCCGCCGCGACUCCCUCGGAAGCCUGGACUCAUUCCUCAACGCUGAUGACGACGGUCUCGGCGAUGGCGACGACUUUGUCGUUGACGAUGAUGGGGCCGGUUAUGCGGCAGGAUCCAACCGCAAGCGGCCUCAUGACGGCUCCGGCCCCAUCGAGCACGGCGGCAAGCGACGUCAGCUUAUGCAGGCCGAGUAUCACGAGGCUUUUCAGCCGGGAUCGACCCCAUGGCGCGGCAACAGGAAGUACCUCUGUCUAAACCUCAUUGGCUUCGUCUGGACCGUUGAUCAGGAUGGCCAUAACACCGUCACGGUGGAAUUCUACGACCAUGAGCUCCACCGCGACUUCCACUUCACCGAUACCUUCCUUUACGAUAAGGCGUGCCUGAACGAGCAGGGCACGCUCUUCUCGUGCCCGCCUCUAAAGGACCAGCCAGCGACCAUCUUCUACCGACCGCACGAGAUGUGGACGCAGCGUCAUGACUGGCGGAUCCAACUGCCCAAGGACGAGCACGUUCUGGCCAUGUCACUUAGUGAAUCGUUUGUGACGGUGACAACGACGGCCAACUAUGUAAGGGUCUACACGCUCUUUGGACUUCCGUAUCGCGUCUACCGUCCCAAGAACACGCCCAUGGUCACGUGCGCCAGCUGGAAGGACUACGUCCUGACAAUGGGCAAUGGGCCUGUCGGAGCUGAUGGCUAUACGAAGCUUGUCUACACCAUCGAGAAUGUCAAGACAGAUACCAUCUGCCAGAACGAAGACACAGUUGCCCUUCCCGAUGGCGCAACACUCAAGAGCGUCUUCUUCUCGGACUCGGGUAACCCAUGCAUCUAUGACUCGACAGGCACGCUCCUCACCCUCCUCCACUGGCGCAGCCCCUCCCGCGCCUCCUGGAUUCCCCUCCUCGACACCAAGCUCCUGCCCCGCCUCGCCUCUGGCCGCAAGACUGAGACGUACUACCCCAUUGCCGUUGCCGACGACAAAUUCCACUGCAUCAUUCUCAAGGGCGGCGACCAGUAUCCUUACUUCCCUCGGCCCCUUCUCUCCGAGUUUGACUUCUCCGUACCCCUGACUUCCACGCCCCCGAAACCCGCCCGCGCGGAAGAGUCCGACGCCGGCGACGAAGACGAGGACGCCGAAGCCGGCCCGGAAUCUGAAUCCCGCAAGCUUGAGCAGGCGUUUCUACUACGCACGCUCGCGGCGGCGCAACUGCGCGACGCGGCGGACGACGACACCCCCAGCGGCAGCGGCGGUCGGCACGCGCAGCGGUCUGCGCUCGCGCGCGUCGAGCUCGAGGUCGACAAGACGCUGCUGCAACUGCUUGCCAUUGAGUGCCGCGAGGGCGACGAGAGGGGCAUGCGCGCGCUCGAGAUGGUGGAGCUCAUGCGGGACCGCACGGGACGCAUGGUCGAUGCGGCGGUCAAGGUUGCUGAGCGGUACGGCCGGACGCUGCUUGGUGAGAAGAUUCGGGAGCUGGGCGAUAAGAGGGCCAACGGCAUGGAGGAAGACUGGUGA